ACUGGAUACGAGCGGCAGAAUCACAGUGCGCCCCUCAUCCUGGAAUUGCGUCAAAAAGUGCUCCGGCUGGUGAUAUUUUAAAUUUGGGCUUCACGUGCUCUGAAGUUAGUGGCAUUUAAACUCCGAUUGGGAAAGAAAAGCGGGGAUUAAGCACCGAUUGAGAAACUCUUGUCACUUUCCCUGCAGCUCCUGCGCACCCGGCGGCUCUCCAGCUCUCCGGCUCUCCAUCUGGAAACUCCAGCGCUCCAAAAGUCCUUUCUGUUGGGACGCGGACGGGACUGAUACAGACACAGAUAAUUGUUUGUUUCCUCUAAAAAAUGUUUCGGGAUCAUGAAGCACGGAUGAUCCAAAUGUAACCAGAGGAAGAAUCACACCCAGGCUGACAAACGUGACAUUGAAACAUCACCUGUUUAAUGUGGACAGUGGAAAUACGAUAAGAGUGGGCUCAUAAAAUGACUGUGCUCUGCAGAAAAUACCUCUGAUGAACUUCUGCCACUAAGUGGCUUUAAGUGAGACAUCCACAUGAAGUGAAAUCCUGUGCUUUGUAGUGGGGGCUGGAAACAAGGUUUUUCUUUGAAAUAAAACAAAACUGGGAAUUCUCUAUUAAUCAAACAAAACAAACAGUUGCACCUCUCCCUCCUCAAUGACUUGAGUUUGGCACCAGCUUUCAUUUUAGCACACUUUUGAAAAGCUCUGUCUCCAUAAUAACCCCUCUCAGUGCCGGCCAUGAUUUCUGAUUGAUGCUGCAAAUUGAAUUGAACUGGAGAACAACAGGAGAGGUCAAAAAAGGUGAGACAGACUUCAUCAAAUAAAUUAUGUUGUCUGUAGCGUCUCACCACAAACCUGACAAUACACACUUUUUCAUCUAUUUGCCUAAACACUCUGGUAUGUAAAGUUUUUUUAAGGCUCUAAAAUAUCUUGUUGAUAGAUCCUCUCUGGGUGUUUCCCUCCUGACCAUCUGCCAUUUUGCCUUCUUGCUCAUACGUGGCCCAGUGAUACACUGUUCACUCCUCACUCCUUUCCACAUUCUUCUUCGCCUAUACGCACCAAACUGGUUCACUGAGAGGCUUCAUCCUGGCCGGCACUAUUCCAGCCAAGGGGGAAGAGGACUUCCUGACGCUGGCCGCUUCGCGGCUCAGCCGCAGGAAACGUGUCAUUGGCGCAGCUGUAGGUGUGGCAAUGGUUCUAAUAUUGUUGGUGGCCAUUCCCCUGCUGGUCCACACAACCAAAGGGGGGAACACGGGAAAUUCAGGGAGCCAUUAUGAAAUGCUUGGAAGCUGCCGGAUGGUAUGUGACCCUUACACCACGUCUCAACCAGGCCAGGAGCUGACAGCUGUGUCUCCAGCGCCCCAGGAUUACUCUGGGAAGAAGAUAAAGUCAGGGCUUCGUGGGCCGCCAGGGAUCUCUGGUCCUCCAGGAGUACGUGGAGCCCCUGGGGAGCCAGGCAAACCAGGUCCUCAGGGGCCCCAGGGUCCAGGUCCUGGUGGCUAUUCGCCCUCACUCUACACUCCCAAAAUUGCCUUUUAUGCAGGGCUACGCAAGCAGCAUGAGGGGAGUGAAAUACUGAAGUUUGAUGAUGUGGUGACCAAUGUAGGCAACUACUAUGAGCCCAGUACCGGCAAGUUCACCUGCCCUCUGCCUGGCAUCUACUUCUUCACCUACCAUGUUCUAAUGAGAGGUGGUGACGGGACCAGCAUGUGGGCUGACCUGAAGAAGAACGGACUGGUGAAAGCCAGCGCCAUCGCUCAGGACGCUGAUCAGAAUUACGACUACGCCUCCAACAGUGUGAUCCUGCAUCUGGACGUGGGCGACGAGGUGUGCGUGCAGCUGGACGGAGGCAAGGUCCACGGAGGGAACACAAACAAGUACAGCACCUUCUCCGGCUUCCUCGUCUACCCAGACUGAAUCUAGUUGUUACUCAUGCAGGGGAGAGGAGUGGUUAGAGGAACAUCAACACACACAGAGUACAAACUCACACGUACACAGACAUGUAUGUAUGCAAAUUCAUGCAGAUGCUCAGACAUGCACAUGCACACACACACACACAAACACACACAUCAACACCAUUUCUACAUACAGACACGCUGAGAUUCCAACAGACAGAAAGGUGAAUUAAGUGAAAAUCCAAAAUGUCAGUCAUCAUGACAAGCAACUGAAUUUAUUGGCGCCCAUUGUGUGCAAACACGACUUUCAGAACAUGUACAGUAUGAGUGCACAUAGAAAUUGCACGUUGUGGCUCGGAAAUAUCCAAAAUAUUAUAAUGUGUUCCAUAUUAACUGACAUUGUGAUAACUAGAAUGUAACAAACACCAUCAGUGUGAUUGUUUUUACAAUGCAAUAAGGGUAUCAAGGGUGUCAUUCACUGAGAUGACAAAGCUGACAAAUGCACACUUUAUUCCAGUCUUCACUUACACAUCUCCGCUCUCCAUUUUAAUGACCUCUAAUCGUAUGGCCUGUCUAUAUUUUGCAACUCGCCUUUAUAAAUAUUUUUUUCCCCCCCCUGUGCUUCAGAGGGAGUUACACCAGUUGAAAUUAACCGAGCCCGUGUUGGGAUUAAUUGGGAGAGUGCUGUUCAAAAUGAGGCAAUCUGAAUAAAAUACAGAUGUUUGACCUACAAUUCCUGUUCCCACGAUGACACAGGAUUUAGAGAAAAAACAAGAAAUUAUUAAUAUGAGAAGUAAAGACAAAAAAGCAAAUGAUAUUUUAUGGGUGGCACACGAGGGUGAUGAAGUUUGAAUUGACAAGUGCAUUAUUGACAAUAGUAUGUGUGUGUGUGUGUGUGUGUGUGUAUGUGAGAGUGGAAAUAUAAUACAGAUACUGUGAGAUACAAGGGCGCCAAAAAUGUGACAGCUGCAGUGUUUUCCUGACAUUAAUUGUUGUACAAUACUUUACAGAUUGUUGCUGUAAUUACACUGCCAUACUUACUCAGUACUUUAUUUUUUGAGAGACCCUGUAAAAGUACCAUCAUAUGUAUAAACACAGUAAUCCUGGGACGGGCUGUCUGGUAUGUCGA